GCGGGGCCUUCCAUUACGUCACGCGCGGUGGCGGCGCGAACCAAUAGCAGCGCGCCGAGCCUCCGGCGGGUUUUGAGUGUGGGUUUUGAAUGCAGUCUGAAAUCAGGAAGUAUGAAGAAGAGACACCUUCUCUGCACUGGGGGAUGGAUCCUGUAUUUUCUGCAUUUGCAAGACUCUAUAUUAAAGAUAUAAAAGAAAUGAGAGAAUCUAAACAAGUGCCAGGUAUAUUCUUUUAUAAUGGACAUCCAAUAAGACAGGUGGAUGUUGUCGGGAUAGUGGUUCAAAUGAGAGAGCGAGAUGCCUUUUAUAGUUGUGGAGUGGAUGAUAGUACUGGCGUUAUAAAUUGUAUCUGCUGGAAAAAUCCCAUGGCAGCAGAAACAUCUUUACCAGAUCAUCCAAGCACACACAGCAGUCUUACUGUGCUUGAACAGAUGAAGAAACUCCGAGAAAUAGUGAGCCAGAAAACCAAGCUGAAGAUUGGGGAUGUUGUGAGGGUUAGAGGUCACAUCCGAACCUAUAGGCAACAAAGAGAAAUUCAGGCUUCGUGUUUUUAUAAAGUGGAUGAUCCUGCGUGUGAUAUUCAGAUUUCAAGAAUGCUGGAGCUUCCCUGUCUCUAUAGAGAAGUUUAUGAUAAACCUUUCCAAGGCCCCAAGGAGGGACAGAGUGGCCUGGAGGGUCAGAAUUUCUCAAUCAACAUGCUGCAUGAGAAAGUGAAAGGCUUUCUAUUAGAAAACAGAAUUCAGACCUUUUACCAACAGGAAUUGGAAACAAUUGAUACUCUGGUGUCACUAGCUGAUGUGCAUCUGCCCAGCUGCAGCUGUCAGGAGGUGAAGUCAGAAAGUAACUCCAGUUCCAAAAGGAUUCACAGUGCUUUUGAGGAAGCAAUAAGGAUGCUACAAGAAAAAGGGGUGGUCUUCCAGAAACCUAGGAGCUCCAAGGACUUAUACUAUGUGACUGACUAUGAUAAGGAGCUGCUUAAAGUGACCCUUGAUGUGAUUAAAGAAGACUGUCGAAAACCCAGGCAUGCUGAAAAAGGUUGCCAUUUCCUUCAUGUCCUGAGUUGUGUUCGGCAGAGCUACAACCCCUUUCUGGCUGAAGUGGUGAUACACCGUGUCUUGGAACUACUGGAGAGUAACAGUGAUGUUGUCAGCACUAUGGAAGGUUAUUAUAUGGCAUUUUAAAGAGAGAAGAUAAAAUGCAUUCAUUAUUAUCCAUUCAGGUUAAAGGAGGGAAAAAGGAGCAGUUGAGUGACCCUGAAAAGCUACUACCUGGUACGGUCUACGUGUGGGAGGGAAAAAGAGCAUUCUAAUUCUCCAAAUACUGCUUUUUGUCCAGCUCCAGAGAAGGUGUUCAAAUACUUGUUUUAAUAUUCUUGCUGACUUCCUCACUAUUUCUAGUGAAAAUUUAUCAAACUGAUUCUGGACAUCCUAAUACAGCAAGGGAGCUAGAAAAGAAAGUGGGCUCUUUCCCUUCAGUAAGAUGGGACAUGGCCAUCCUCACAUUUACAUCCAGUGAGCCCUAAAGAAAAGUCACUGCUAAAGAGUGCUUUUUACAGUAGUGGUCAUGUCAAGACUCAUUCUUCUGGAUUAAAAGACUGAUCUUGUGAUCUUUUCAUAUGGUAAUAGCUGUGGAUCUUUCUUUUUGUGUAUACUUUAUAAUAGCUAGAAAAAGGACAUGCAAGCAAACAAAAGGUUUUCCUGUCUUUCCUAGCAGUGUUGCUGUACCCAUGUCUGUAAAUAUGUAUUCCUGGAUUUGCAUAGAUUUUCCACUACUAAUGCAGUCCUCAACCUUCUCUGGAAAGUAAUGUUCAGGAACGGGGUGCUGCAUCCCUUCCCCAUCCUGCAACCUUGCCCACUGCUUGUCAAGCAUGUCUGGAUUCCCUUGGCUACCAUGUGCACUACUGAUGCAUGUUGUUGUGGAUUCUGUUUAGACCAGAAUUCUCAAAAUCAGCCACCAUUUUGCUGUUUAUUUUUAAAUUGCUUCCUAUAUCACAAAUGGUAAACCAUAGAUCAGAUGCUUUGGAAAAGAAAAUACAAAAGACAGCAAAACCCAUUGUAAUCUCCAUGGUCCCUGUUGCCUUUUGUGUUACUUCUUGUUCCUUGUUACUUCUGCAGAAAAAUACUAUUCAUAUCUGUCUUGCAGGGGAACACAAGACACUGAUGAAAUAACAUUGGCCUAAAAGUUACCAUGCAAGACGUUUGAUCUGAAAUAAUCACAACUCUGCUACGUGCCAUAGUUCAAAGCCCAGAGCUGUUCCGUAUUUAUCCUUAGAGAGGGCUUGCUGCUGUAGGGGCUUGUCUGCUUAAUUAAUGGUGUGGAGGAGAGACCUUUAACUUGAAAAGAGUAGAAAGGAUUGAAUGUGUCCUUCUUUCUUUCUCUCUACCUUCCCUGUUACAGUUGAAAUAGCAGACUACCAAGGAGAUGUAGUGGUAAAGCCGUAUAAGGAUUGACAUAGCAGGGAAAAAUAAACCAUAUGCAUGAGGAAAGCCAGUGAGUAGCCCCAUGUGUGCCAGGUCUCUGGUUUGUUGAUAUAUUAUAUGCCUCAUUCCAAGCCCUGGCUGCAGUGAGAUAUAGGCUAAGAGAAAGGCAUGACAAAAUAUUUGGCAUUUGAAUUCAGAGGCCUGUGGAAAACUCUGGCCUUAAAGAGAUCAUUUUCCAUUAUGGACGAAUGUACUAUAUAUGAAUCAUUCUUUUGCUGUAAAUUCCCUCUUGCUGCAGGGCUCAGUAGUUGAUUUCCCCGCAGGCUGCCCUACUCCUAGUGUUGCUGCUCUGUUUUCAGUGGGUGCCUUCUAGUCAGAUCUUAAUAUGGACCUGAACAGGUGCUGAAAGGAUGUACCUGUGCAGAAGGAAAUAAAAAAGGAUUAAGAAAGAAUUGUAGGGUUGUUUUGGUUGUUUUUGUUUUUUUGAGGGGUGGGGGUGUCCUCUUUCCUCCAUGAAUGCCUUUGGAAAUCAGGGAAAGAAGUCCAGAUUCUGACUGAAGUGGUAUUGAGGAGAAUUGCAACUUUAAUUUAUACCUACAAAAAGGUCUGGUUUGCCACAGGGGAAAUUUGCUUUUCAGAUUUUUCAGAGUGCUGGCACAGGCUGCCCAGAGAGGUUGUGGAGUCUCCUUCUCUGGAGAUACUCAAAACCCACCUGGACACGACUCAGUGCAGCCUGCUGUAGCUGAACCUGCUUUAGCAGGGGGUUGGACUAGAUGAUCUCCAGAGGUCUCUUCCAACCCCGACCAUGUUGUGCUGUGAUUCCUGCUCUGAUUACUAACCAGUUUGAAGUGAUGCUUAAAAACAAGGCUAUCUAUGGAAGAAGUAGUUUGGAAUAUUGGUUGCUGAAUUUAUACUCGCUUCAGGAGUUAACCUUAUGUUUUGAUUAUGGACAAGUCACCUACUUGGCAUGAGUUUGAGGAUAUUUUAAAGGAAAUUAUGUGGUGUCUUGGACCAUAUGGAAGAGCACGACAUCUAAUUUAAGAGACUGGUUCAGCCCUUUUCUUGAAAUGUUCUGUAUUAGCAGAAGCUGACUUUGCUGAGAAAGGGUUAAAAGAACACCACUAGCCCAGUAGGAAAGGUGAUCUCUUGUAGGUUAGAAGACAGACCCUGUUCUUCUGAGGGUGUCAGCCAAAUGUGUGGGCUGGAUGACUUUUGGGAGGAGCUCUGCUCAGCUAAAUGUUGGAGAAAAAGAUAGUCUGGGGAUAAUGUUGCUCUUCAGGGUCUCGUUAAAAUAAAUUCAUACAGGAUUACAAUAUCUUUAAAAUAAAUCCAAAACAGGAUUACCUCUUUCUCCUUUGAAGCUUGUGUAGUCAUAAAUUCUAAUGGGUUCUGUUGCCUCCAACUUUGAUGCUGCACUUCCCGUGUUUUAGAUAUGUUCCUGUGUGUAAAGCCUGCUUAAAACCCCUGCCCACCUAUUUUCUAUGCUCGGAGGUUGAUGCAGACACAAAAUGUCUACCCUCUCUGUCCUGCCCCUGUUGCAGUUUAAAAGCACUGAUAGCUGUGAAACCUCAGAGGGGAUACUUUCUCACUCUGUAACUACAUGUAAGGAGGUUGUAGCGAGAUGGGUGUUGGUCUCUUCGCCCAAGUUAUAAGUGAUCGGAUAAAAGGAAAUGGAUUCAAGUUGUGCCAAGGGAGGUUUAAAUUGGGUAUUAGGAAAAAUUUAUUCACUGAAAGGGUUGUCAAGGAUUGGAACAGGCUGCCCGGGGAAGUGGUUGAGUCGCUAUCCUAGAGGUAUUAAAAGACAUGUAGAUUCGGUGCUUAGGCAUGUGGUUUAGUGGUGGAGUUGGCAGUGUUAGGUUAAUGGUGGGACUUGAUGAUCUUAAGGGUCUUUUCCAACCUAAAUGUUGGAAAAAUUCCAUGAGGUGAAACUUGUCUUAGGAGAGACAGAUAACUCUGGAAAGAACCUAAAGUUGGUCAUUAAUGGCAAUGCUGAACUCUUGUGAUGGAGGGUGUGUUCUGUUGGAGAUUGCUCCCCAAGAACAAGCAAACGUUUUUUUUCUCACUUGAGUUAACUCAGGGAAGUAAUAUGAAUGAACACAAGAGUGCCUACAGUUUUUACAAGAGUGAAAGGUUAAGGUAAUAUUAAUUGAGGAGCCUAGAUUUAAGUUACACACAUUCUAAUUAACGGUACAGAAUAGUUGUGUCUUAAGCUUACAUGCUUUAUUUUUUCCGCAGUAGCCCAUCCAACACAGACUAACACUUACUCUGGUUGAGUGCAUUCCCUCUCUCGUACCUACAGGGAAUACCAUAUGCAUAUUCCCUGCACAGAAGUACCCCAGCUAGCUGUGGGAGCACAGAGCUCACUGUAGGUUGAUUUACUCACUUACUCAGUAUCUCUACAGUAUGCUUCUGUGACAGCAGUCUAGACAUACCCAUAUUGGUAUAAGUCACCUUUAUUUAAGUCUUAACUACACACACUAGGGCUUUUACUGCUAAUAAACUGUCUCUCUGUUUAAAGAUCAUAUCCUUAACCAAGAGAGUCAUAUCAUGCACACUGUUAAAAUUCUUAGACCACACCUACGAAAUAUUGUGCGGAGCAUUCAGUGAAAGUGCGCUUUCUUGUUUUGUUUAAUUUGAAAACUCGUUAGGCAACACAAUUAUUACUGCUUUAUUAAAGGACUUUGAAGGUGGCACUUUAAUGUAAAGCUGACAAGUGAGAAUUCAUGUUGUAGGCCUGCCUCAUGGCCAGUUCUGGUUUCCAUAGAAACAGUUAUGGCAGUGAAAGGCAGGUAAGUAAAAUGGAGUUUGUAAAAGCAGUCAGUGUUUUUAUGUUACCUUAAAAAGGUAUGUUUCCAUAGAAAUGCAGCACCUGAGAACAAAAAUUGCCAAAGAAUCUUAAUAUUGUAUUCUAGCAAAAUGUAAGGUGAUUGCUUUUCUGGUGAGGAAACAAAGGAACUCUACCAUUUGCUUAGGUGAGGGAGGAGAUGAGGUUGAUUUAUGCUUCUGUUUCCCUCUUCUGUAAAUUGGGGGUAAUACAGCUCCCUGUGCAGGGUAUAAGCCUCAAUUUUUCUUAAUGUUGGUCAUUAAAAGCUCUUUAGAUCUGCUGAUUUGAGCUGUUGGAAAAGAACUCCGUGGCUGUGUGGGAGAGGGUGAAUGGGCAGAUGCUGGAGUGGGACUUUGUUCUAAUCCAAACCCCACUUCUGCCAAUAGCUUUAGCUUUCUGUGCCUCUCUUUCCAUGCAUAUUGCUUUGCCUGUCUUGUCUUUUUGCUCUCCAGGUCCUAUAAAGCAGUGACGGUCUCCCUGUUUUUAUUUGUAUCGAAUAUUUUUCCUGGAAUCUUGUUCCCUCUUAUGACUUCUUAGAUGGCUUCUUAAAAAUAGAAAUCCAGAUAAAUGAAUUCUGAGUGUUCUUGUUCUCAGAUCUUUGGCUUGUAAAUUGGUGCCCAAGAGAGUAUGUAUUUUACAUAAGCUACCUUGGAAAUUAAGCUUUUGUUUCCAAGUAAUAAAUGAGAAAUGUAAAGAUUGGCUACAUGA